CCUGUGUGUGCCGGUCAGAGUUCACAGAUGGUACCUGUGAGGAUCUGACGGGUCGUUGUUACUGUAAACCCAGCUACACCGGAGCGAACUGUGACUCCUGUGCUGAGGGAUACAUUAACUUCCCAGGCUGCUACCCAAACGACCUCAACAACAACACCGACAGAGAGGUCAAACCUGCCGGAGAAAUCAUCAACUGUGAGUGCAGUGCUGCGGGUACGGAGGGAAACUCCUGCCGUCCUGAUCCACGUACCCGCACCUGUAUCUGCAAACCCGGUUUCACUGGGGACCACUGUGACAGCUGUGCGCCAGGGCACUACGGACUCAACUGCCAGGGUAAGUCAAGUCAUAUGUCUACUAGUCAUACCAGACAGACAGCUUCACCGUCGAGAGCAUCUUGAAUGACUGCGUACAGUCCAGUACAUAACUGGGGCCGAGCUCCCUGCUAUCCACGACCUCUAUACCAGGCGGUGACACCGUCGAGAGCACCUUGAAUGACUGCGUACAGUCCAGUACAUAACUGGGGCCGAGCUCCCUGCUAUCCACGACCUCUAUACCAGGCGGUGACACCGUCGAGAGCACCUUGAAUGACUGCGUACAGUCCAGUACAUAACUGGGGCCGAGCUCCCUGCUAUCCACGACCUCUAUACCAGGCGGUGACACCGUCGAGAGCACCUUGACUGACUGCGUACAGUCCAGUACAUAACUGGGGCCGAGCUCCCUGCUAUCCACGACCUCUAUACCAGGCGGUGACACCGUCGAGAGCACCUUGACUGAGUUAGGGUUGGUUUGCAGUUUGUUCUGGGUAGUUAGGGUUGUUUUACAGUUUGUUCUGGGUAGUUAGGGUUGUUUUACAGUUUGU